GGUGCUGGCUGCCUUAAUUUAGCUACAUCUUUCCUGGGUCCCCUGUUAAUGGCCCGUGUUAAUCGUCGUCCACUAAUGAUGUUCUCCAGUUCGAUUUGUGCCGGUUUUCUAUUCACCAUAGCUUUUAUUCUUUACUAUAUUGAAAAGGCCAGUUGGUUCCCAAUGGUUUGCAUUGUCUGCAUUAUGGGCUAUAUAUUCUUCUAUCAAUUUGGUUUGGGACCGAUACCGUAUUUUAUUGGCACUGAACUGUUCGAAGUGGCACCACGUUCCGUUGCCAUGUCCAUGGGUAGCUUAUCUUCGUGGGCGUGUAAUUUCAUCAUUGGUAUGGCCUUUCCAUCGUUACAAAAUGCCUGGGGUGCAUUCGUAUUCUUGCCGUUUUCCGUCACCUGUGCACUGCUAUUUCUGCUAACGAAAUUCUAUUUACCCGAAACACGUGGCAGAGAUCCGUCCGAAGUUGCACCACUCGUAUCGAAAGGAUUUAGAUCAAAAGUUAAAUAAAU